AGAUUGUCUUGUCUCAUCUCGAUCAAGCAGGACACACUCACCACUUCGAUCGAUCCUCUCAUCCUUCCACCACCCACACAAACCAAACUCAUCAAUCCACCCCCAUCUCCCAAUCCCAAGCCAGGGGGCCGGCAAUCUAUCGACGGCUUAUCGAUCUAAUCAUUCCUAGGAAACAGUGCUUUGAUUGCUCCAUUCGAUCAGGCCAUGCCUGAACAAUCCUUCACCGCAUUCGACCUUCAUUCUCUCAACAAAAUUCUCGCCAGCUUCGAGCUCCAGCGGGAAUGGAAAGAACUAUCGCGAGUCAAUUCACUCAAGGCCAUUGGCUAUCCAUUCGACCAAUCCCUUCAACAACCUAUUCAGCAACCUACACCCGUUCUUAAGAAGCAACCCUCGAGGAUAAGUACGGUCCUCAGCUUCUUUGGCUCGCCAAGUGCCCCCCCAUCUGCCCGAUCGGUCAGCGAGGCCGAAUCACAGCUUGGUUCCAAUCUCAGGGAGCGCCAGGCGGUCCGGGACCGGGCUAAGGGUGAUGUCGAUCAGCUACCCCUGUUUAGAUUGAUGAUCCAACGAGUCUGGGGUGCCUUUCCUGGGCUCAUUGAUCUACCUAUCGAAACUUGGCUGGGCAUCGAGCGAUUCAUCCUCGACUUCAAUUCUCGCAAUUUUUCGACGAGCCGCGAACGUAGACAAUUCACCAAACGUGCGGUGAUCUCCAUCGGGUUUACUAAGUUGUUAUCAAGCUACAUCACUUCGAUCAUCAGCUUUCAAAAUCAGCUUAGUCUACCAACCAGGCCGUCACAAGAGGACCUCGACUUAGUUUCCCAGUUGCCCCAGUUAAUCUCCACGUUUGGUAGUAGGAUCAAGUUCGUUGAGAGGAAAAAUGAUGAGUUUCUCGUAUUAUACCGGAAGAAAACUGGGAGACCCAAGCUACCUAUCGACUCCAGUGCAGGUGAAAAUUUGUCACUGAAUGUGGGAAUAAGUGUGAUUGGAUGGUCGGCGCUUUGUGACCUGCUCAAAACAAUUGACCCAAGCACCGGACAUCAUGAUAGGCAAACUAGCAUUUCGCUACUCCGACGGGUUUUCCACAUUCAAUCCUCCCAAGCCGAGAAGCUGUACCAAGUCCUUGAGGCUGCCCAUCCCAAUCCUUCAUCUCCAGAUGACGAAAUCAAGAAUGAGCUGGAUAAAUUCCUUGCUGAUGAACGCGGCUUCCAAACAGACUGGAUCAGUACUGGGAAGAGAGUGUCCGAAGCCAAGGAAGGAUACAAGAAUUUUCUCACAAAAAUCGUCCAUCAUGACGGUGAGAUAGAUAAAAUGUACAAAUUGAUCACCGAGCACGAACGACUUGAAACCGUCUUGGCCCUGGACCCGAUGUACGAACAAGCCCAAACUUGGACGAUCAUGUGGAUCGCUUACAUGCUCCAUUUCGUCUUCAUCACUGGACCUGACGGCGAUGAGGUUUGCGAGUUGUUCAUUAAAAUCGAUAAACUCGUGCCAUAUGAGUUAAUCAAACAGGGCCUGAAGAUUAUAAACCCUACGCUAGCAAUCAGGACUACGGUGGCGUUGAUUUUGGGCCAGCCAUUCGGCUCUUUAAGUCUUUUUCAAAGAAUAUUGGACAGCAUUGUCAGACAUGAAAUACGAUGUUAUGAUAAGAAAAUCGAAACGGUUGUUCAAUCCAGCUAUCCCCCAGUCACCCAUCCGUCGGAGCUUAGUAGGAUGAAAUCACUUGCAGCUAUCAAAAAGUUCGUUUAUUUGCCUGAGGAAGAGAAACGGAAAACUCGUGCUGAAUUUGAUCAAAGUGACGAAGACAUGAUCAUCUUGAUCCUUCGUUGGUCGAAAGAUUUUGAUGAGGUCGAGCUACAAAGCGUUCAAGAAAGUGAAAAAAUCUUCAACAAUUCGAGUGGCUCACUGGCCGAUGCCAAUCUGUUUCAUGAUCUUAUUAUCCUUCUCCGCUUAGUCAGUUUAAAGCGAGAUCGAGAACAAAUCAUUGAGAUGAUAACGGAGCCCAAUAAUCCGAUUAUCCGGACGAUCAAGCAAAUCCUAGAGAUCUAUUAUCCAACGAUUUACAAGGUCGCCCUGGCCUCAGACUUGUCCAAGAAGUUUGGACAGACCGAAGCUUUUCUGAAAGACUUGGUCCAGUUAUUGGUCAGACGGAAAGAGGAGGAGGUCUCGGUUGACAAGCUGGUUAAACUUCUUGAUCAGCAUAAACAGUCCUACUGGUCUUUUCUGAAUGAUUUAGUUAGAUGUGAAAACCUUUGUGACCCGAUGAAAGAAUGGAUUCAAUCUUGCUUCGAUCUAGUCAAAUCGGGGCUAAACGAAUCUGAGGCAGCCUCUGGGAGCGGAAGGUUUGGGAUUGAGCUUGAGGAGCUCAGAUCCGCUGCACCCAUCGAAGCUCUUAUAGCCGAAUCGAGAUCACUAUCGACAUACAACCGAUUGAUCAAGAUGAUCGACAACAUCCAAUACCGGCUCGUCCUUUGCUCUUCUCCAUUCACCUUGGAGACUCACUUUUCGUCCCAAGCUUUCCACAUCUUGACCGAGCUCGACCAGCUCCCCUUCGCCCGCCAUCUCGAUCAGUCAGCCAGAGAUGCUCGUCCGCCCUUGCCCUUCGGUUGGGCUUGGUGGAUUGACGAACAGAAAGUAUGCGGGAAGGGUGGAGAUAGGGUGAACGAUGAUGGGGCAGAGGUGCAAGGAUCGCCCAUUAAGGAUGAUCAACCACUCGGUCCCAGUCGGCUGGUCGUCAACUCAGAUUUACAUGAAUUGAAGAAACGGGCGAGCGUUUACUUAGAGCUGCUUAUGAAGUCUGUCCAUCUCUUCGAUCGACCAACUCCUUGA